GCUUACAACUGCCCUGGCUAGAGGUUCGCAAAUAUUCACUUACUCAUUGUUACAGUGUAGCGUUGGUCUGACACCAGUCCGUCCAGCACGACGAGUAGACAAGCCUGAGGGUACUUGCAACAUCACAUUUUUCACAUCUCGCAGCGUUGAACAUUAUCAAUUUAUUCAAUCUGUGAAUAUGUCAAAUCCCAAUUCAACUUCGGUUAGCCUGAGGCAACCAUCAAAGAACUCCAAUGGACAAGUUUCAAGGAGGGGUGAAGAUAUCGAGGUGGCUCCCAGACUCCAAAGUAGCAAUAUUCCCGACCCAUACAAGAUCCGGGUUGGUCUCAAGACAGACGACGAGCUCUCGCAGCUUCGUCGUCGUCGCAGGACUGGCAAAGGACUCGAAAGCUUUCAUAGAAAGCAGAACGAUCUCAUCCAAUCUAUGUUAAAGCCUAUGGAAGAACAUACACAAGAGGCGAGAGAAGAUGAAGCACAUUUCCAUUUUUCUGUUAGGGUUGCAGUCUGGGCAAGUCUUUGUGCCAACUUCAUUCUCUGCGUACUUCAGCUAUAUGCUGCUGUGUCUUCCGUCUCUUUGUCCCUCAUUGCCACAGGGAUUGAUGCUACUUUCGAUUUUGGAAGUAACAUCUUCCUAUACUGGACUCACAAGAAAGCGCUGUCAAUGGAUAUUAACAAGUGGCCUGUCGGUGGCUCUCGAGUUGAAACCAUCGGAAAUAUCGUCUACGGUUCACUCAUGGCUUCGGUUAAUUUGGUUGUUAUCGUCGAAUCCGUCCGCGCAAUUAUGGCUGAAGAGAAGGACAGCGGUUUUCAUAUCCAGGCCAUCAUCGCAGUCGCAGCAGCGCUUGCGGUCAAAUUUGUCCUCUUCUUAUAUUGUUUCGCCCUCCGAUCAAAGUCUAGCCAAGUGCAAGUCUUAUGGGAGGACCAUCGAAAUGAUCUUUUCAUUAAUGGAUUUGGUAUUCUGAUGUCUGCUGGAGGAAGUAGAUUACGAUGGUGGCUGGACCCUACUGGUGCUAUCAUCAUUGGCGCUGGAGUCAUCAUUGCUUGGAGUCACACUAUCUAUGAACAAUUUGGAUUCUUGGCCGGGAAGUCUGCGCCACACGACUUCCUGCAACUCAUCAUAUACAAAGCUAUGACCUUCAGCGACGAAAUUGAGAAAAUCGAUACUGUACGGGCGUACCACAGCGGACCUGAUUACAUCGUCGAAGUGGAUAUCGUCAUGAAUGCUACUACCCCGUUGUGGAAGGCACACGAUAUUAGCCAACAGCUGCAGGAUAAGAUCGAGGUGCUUCCGAACGUCGAGCGUGCCUACGUACACGUCGACCAUGAGACGACUCAUACUCCUGAACAUCGGAAAAUCUUGUAGGCGAAAGGUAGCUAAACGGACGAGGGAAUAUUAUCAGAAUGCGAUGUCUUGUUCACCGGAUACCCAUUAGAUUGCCUGUUGUUGCUGUAUUCGUGUAAUCAUAUGAACUCUCCUUCUUACCUUACACCGCCGAUCAUCAUUGGAAGAUCGACAAUCUGGUUGGAUGCUAGCGCUUAUCACCGACUUCAGAUAACUCCAAACCAUCUAUAUAUAGCC